AUUGCUAUGGAUACCGAAUCUACAUAUUCUGGAUAUUCUUACUACUCAAGUCAUUCGAAAAAAUCUCACAGACAAGGGGAGAGAACUAGAGAGAGACACAAAUCACCUCGUAAUAAAGAUGUCAGAGCGUCAGAAAAGUCUGUCACCAUUCAAGCCCCCACUGGAGAGCCUCUGUUGGCAAAUGAUUCUACUCGGACAGAGGAAGUUCAGGAUGACAACUGGGGAGAGACCACCACAGCCAUCACAGGCACCUCGGAGCACAGCAUAUCCCAGGAGGACAUUGCCAGGAUCAGCAAGGACAUGGAGGACAGUGUGGGGCUGGAUUGCAGGCGCUACCUGGGCCUCACCAUGGCCUCCUUUCUUGGACUUCUAGUUUUCCUCACCCCCAUUGCCUUCGUUCUGUUACCCGCGAUCCUGUGGAGGGAUGAGCUGGAGCCUUGUGGCACAAUUUGUGAGGGACUCUUCAUCUCCGUGGCAUUCAAACUCCUCAUUCUGCUCAUAGGGACCUGGGCACUUUUUUUCCGGAAGCAGAGAGCUGACAUGCCACGCGUGUUUGUGUUUCGUGCCCUUUUGUUGGUCCUCAUCUUUCUCUUUGUGGUUUCCUAUUGGCUUUUUUACGGGGUCCGAAUUUUGGACUCUCGGGACCGAAAUUACCAGGGCAUUGUGCAAUACGCAGUCUCCCUCGUGGACGCCCUCCUCUUCAUCCACUACCUGGCCAUCGUCCUGCUGGAGCUCAGGCAGCUGCAGCCCAUGUUUACGCUGCAGGUGGUCCGCUCCACUGAUGGCGAGUCCCGCUUCUACAGCUUGGGACACCUAAGUAUUCAGCGAGCCGCGUUGGUGGUUCUGGAAAAUUACUACAAAGAUUUCACCAUUUAUAACCCGAACCUCCUAACAGCCUCCAAAUUCCGAGCAGCCAAGCACAUGGCCGGGCUGAAAGUCUACAAUGUAGAUGGCCCCAGUAACAACGCCACUGGGCAGUCCCGGGCAAUGAUCGCUGCCGCCGCGCGCCGCAGAGACUCAAGCCACAAUGAGCUGUAUUACGAAGAGGCCGAACACGAGCGGCGAGUAAAGAAGCGGAAAGCAAGGCUGGUGGUUGCAGUGGAAGAGGCCUUUAUCCACAUCCAGCGUCUCCAGGCCGAGGAGCAGCAGAAAGCCCCCGGGGAGGUGAUGGACCCCAGGGAGGCCGCCCAGGCCAUUUUCCCCUCCAUGGCCAGGGCUCUCCAGAAGUACCUGCGCACCACGCGGCAGCAGCACUACCACAGCAUGGAGAGCAUCCUGCAGCACCUGGCCUUCUGCAUCUCCAACAGCAUGACCCCAAAGGCCUUCCUAGAACGUUACCUCAGCGCGGGCCCCACCCUGCAGUAUGACAAGGAUCGCUGGCUCUCGAUGCAGUGGAGGCUUGUUAGUGACGAGGCUGUGACUAACGGAUUACGGGAUGGGAUUGUUUUCGUCCUUAAAUGCUUGGACUUCAGCCUUGUGGUCAACGUGAAGAAAAUUCCAUUCAUCUUACUCUCUGAAGAGUUCAUAGACCCCAAAUCUCACAAAUUUGUCCUUCGCUUACAGUCUGAGACGUCAGUUUAAAAGUUCUAUAUUUGUGGGUUUAUAUUAAAAAAAGAAGAAUAUAUAUAGAUAUAUAUAUAUAUAUGUAUACCAGAGGGGUGUCCUUUUUUUAUUCUUCGUUGCUGACUGAGACUGGCAGAUGAUAGACCAGUAUCCUUUGACCAUCUGCACUUUAUUUGGAAGGAAGCAGGGGAUGUCCACCCUGAAAAAAAGUGACUGAUGACAUCUGACUUUUGUAAAUGAGACUUCUCAAGAAGCCGUUCCCUGGAGUUUCUGUUACAGCUGUAAACCAAAGAGGAGCUGGUGCGUUCUUGGGAGCCUCGCCUUACAGCAAUCAAUUCCGGCCUUUCGUCCGGGACCACGUCCCCCCUUGCUUCUGGUCGACCCACUUGUAGAUUUCUAGGGUACACAUCUUUAUUCUCUUUCAGGAAACCAGUCACUGCACGUCCACAUUUGUAUUUGGGGUAUGUAAGUGUCCAGUACCACCUCACCCACGAAUGU